AUGACCACCGCACCGCGCCUCCGCUCCAUCUACCGCUCUCUCCUGCGCGAGCUGCCGCCGCGUCCCGUCCUCGCCCGCGAACGCUCCUCUCUCCACAGCCGCCUCCGCGGCAGCUUCGCCGCGGCCACCAACCCGCGACCCGACACCGAUGCCGCCGAGGCCGAGCAGUUCGCCGCCUACCUCCGCGCCCAGCGCACCUACGUCACCCUCCUGGAGCGGUACAACCCAGGCAUGAACAUGGACGAGGAAGAGCGCGUGCGACUCACCGCCAGGAGGGUCGGCAUGGACUUGCCUGUCGAGUUCAAGAACCGCCUGGAUAAGAAAUAA